GAGACGGCCAUAAAAACCGUCCUCCUCAGCCGGCCGGCUAUUACCUCCCUUUAAAGUCCUCAUUGGAUGACUAGUCAUCUCUCUCUCUCUCUCUGCUUGUUUUUCAUUCUCUCUCGACCUUGUGAUCGAAGGUAAUUAAUGGCGAAAAGCUCAGUCAAGAACAGUACUACUACUGCAAACACCAGUAACAAUACCGACAGCCCCGCAACCAAGGUGAAGCGGACGCGCAAAAGCGUCCCUCGAGACUCUCCUCCGCAGCGUAGUUCGAUCUACCGGGGCGUCACGAGGCAUCGGUGGACGGGCCGCUAUGAAGCUCAUUUGUGGGAUAAGAAUUGCUGGAAUGAGUCUCAGAACAAGAAAGGAAGACAAGUAUAUUUAGGGGCGUAUGAUGAUGAAGAAGCCGCCGCACAUGCUUAUGAUUUGGCAGCAUUGAAGUACUGGGGACAAGAAACCAUCCUCAAUUUCCCGCUCGCAACCUACCAAGAAGAACUCAAAGAAAUGGAAGGUCAGUCAAAAGAAGAGUACAUCGGUGCUUUGAGGAGAAAAAGUAGUGGGUUUUCCCGUGGGGUCUCAAAGUACAGAGGCGUAGCAAGACAUCAUCACAAUGGACGGUGGGAAGCUCGCAUUGGCAGAGUAUUCGGCAACAAAUAUCUCUAUCUUGGAACCUAUGCCACUCAAGAGGAAGCAGCCACAGCAUAUGACAUGGCAGCAAUAGAGUAUCGCGGACUUAACGCCGUUACUAACUUUGACCUUAGUCGUUAUAUCAAGUGGCUACGUCCUCCCAAUAACCAAUUUGAUAGCCUCACCAACCCUAACGACCUUCAAUCCAAUCUUAAUUGUGCUUUUGAUCUAUUGGAAACCCCUAAUCCUGAUCCUGAGCUUGGCUUAAGCUUCUUAUCCAACCAGACUAGUUCAAGUACUACUGCCAGUGAUACGACCCUAGCUCCUCCAGUGCUUGGUAAUGGUGCCUCAUCGACAUCGUCAGCUCUAGAGCUUCUGUUGCAAUCCUCCAAGUUUAAGGAAAUGCUGGAAAGGACGUCAUCGGUAGCCGAUAGUCCACCAACGCCUCAAGAGUCUGACCAACCACGUCGAAGUUUUCCAGACGAUAUUCAGACAUACUUUGAUUGCCAAGACUCCGGGAGCUAUGCCGAUGGUGAUGAUAUUAUAUUUGGGGACUUGAACUCGAUUGCUUCUCCAAUUUUUGAUGUUGAACUUGGCCACUGAAGACAAGGAUUACGUGAAUUAUAUCAUGGACCCCAAAAAAAGGUAAGAGUAAAGAGAAAAUGUGAAAUUUUCUUAGUCAUUGAAAAGAGAGAAAACACUUAAUAUUCUUUUUUCCUUUUUCAAAUGUUUCUCCUCUUUCUUUAAAAUAUGGACUGGUAAUUGCUAUGAUCAGUUCAUUUACAUGUAGAUAUAGACGGGAUUAGACAUUCAUUAAUUAUCAGAUAUUUCUUUCAAUAAGACGUUGGCUGUUUGGCAUGCAAGUGCCUCAA